AUGAAAAAGGUUUCUGAUCUGGACUUCUACCAACAAAGUGUCACUAGCACUACAGUGAAAUCUAAAAGCAGGAAUAAAAUAUCCGAGGACACUCCAUUUAUAGAAAAGAAUAGCUCUAAUAAGGCUUUUGACUCUUUAAUGAUGGGAGGAACUUCUACUCAGAAUCAUGACUUAUCUUUAUUUUUGCCUGAUCUAUCCUUGAACUAUAAUUCAAGACAUCUUGCAAAGUCCUCAAUGAAUGAAUAUAAACAAAAAGUCUUGAAAUAAAGUUACCUGGGAUAAUAUGAGUCCUCAAACAGUUAAGAUGGCCGAGAAUAGACGGAAUUUUAACAGAAGUAAUGAGCAAAGAAGAAGUUAUCAAUCCUUAUCAUCGACCAAGAAGGUAUUCUUGACUGGUCCUAAAAUUGGGAGCAAAUGCAUCGAGCAAUGGCUUAAUGAUACUUUGGAGAGUGCUGAUAGUCUGAAACUUCCCAAACAGCUUCUUAAGGAGAAUAGUAGGAUCAUUAAUCAAUAUGGUAUUGAUAGGCUGUCUCUUAAUAAUGCUGGAAUUCCUGAGGAAGUUAUUGACCGUAUCUACAGGUGCUUAUUUGUUUACAGCACGGGGUUCCAUCAACUUCUCACGAAGCUAUUAAAACAUACAAAUGGCAAGUAUAAAAUAAUCAAGAAUAUCUGGAAGACAUUUUCUGUUCUUCUUGAGUAUUGAUGCAAAACAGAUUAUGAUUCCUUACUCCAAGACAUUGAGAAAGACUUUGAGAAUCAAAAAGAAGAAACUGAGCAUAAAUAUGAGCAUGAAAUUGAGAGUCUUAAACAAGAAAAAGAGUCUCUUAUCUUAGCAAUGGAUCAGCUUGAAGAUCUCAAGGAAAAAUUAGAAAAAGAGGCUUUCAACCAUCGUAAAUCUAAAGAGAGAAUUGAGAGAGACUACCUAAUUCUGAAAGAAAAUUUAGAAACAGAGGUCAGAAUGAGAAUGGAGUUUGAAGAGAAACUAAACAAAGUCCAUGCAAGCAACAGAAAUCUCAAAGCUGAAAGAGAUAGGUACUUCAAAUACUAUGAGAAAAUUCAGAGGAGAAAUAAAGAGGCAGAUGAUGAAUUAGACGACUUCAAGAGUCAAUUAAAUGAAUUGGCUCUCUAUAAAGCUGAAACUGCCCAGAAAUUAGAACAAAUGCAACAAAACUUAAAGAAAGUUAAAAGAGAAUUAGACGUGAGUCAGAAUAACUAUAAAAUAUAUGAAGAGAAGUAUUCUCAGAUACAGAAGAAAUUCAUGACUGCUCAAUCGGAAAUUUCUGAUUAUGAAGAAAAGGCCAAACUCAUGAAAUUAUCAAUGAGAAAUAAAGAUGAUAUCAUUCGGACUUAUAACACCAAAGUAGAGCAGCUUACCAUGAAAGUAAACCAAGAUGAGAAAUUGCUAGAUAUGUACAAAGCCAAAGCAGAAGAGACCACAGAAAAGCUUGAUCUAACACUUAAUGAAAAGAGCCAUUAUCAAACAGAAUGUGCAGGCCAUGAAGAAAUCACAAAUGAGAUGCAGUCGAGACUUGACUUUUAUAAAGCUACAUCAGAAACACUUAGUGCUGAGAAUAAGGAGAUCAAGGAUAAGAUGGAAUCUUUAGAGAUUCAGUUUAGAAACCUAUCAGAGGUAUACACCCAUUCGAAGGUAGAAUACGACAACACAUUAAUCCAGAUGAAGAAGGCUUCCCAAUCCAGAGGUAAUUUUGAAUUGCUCUCUGAGCAUCGGCUGAAGGUCAUUAAAUCUCUCGAGCGUGAAGUCAAUAUGAAAGAGAACAAAAUCUUAGAGUUUCGAGAGCAUUAUGACACUGCUACUCAGCAUCUAGUCAAUAAAGAAAAGAUAUGCAAUGAUCUGAGAAUGGCUAAGGAGAAGAUUGAAAUUGAGUUUCAAAAUUUCAAAGAACUCAUGAUCAAACAAGGCUAUUAUUUUGGAAAAAAAGAUCAAGAGAUUAGUGAAAAUAUCCAGAAGCAUCAGAAAGUUUGGAAGGAAGAAAGAGAAACUGAGGAGAAAUCAUUCUUCGAUGCUAAUAAAUUCAUUGAAGUAUCCAAAGAACUUGCUGAAACCAAGGCAAAUCAGGAACUUGCCGAAAAGGAAAUUGAACAAUAUAAAUCUCAGCUUAAAACCCUCCUCGAUAAGGUUGAUAAACUCCAAGUCAGGAAUGAAAAUUUAGAGAGAACUUUUUCCACAAAUUCCAUUAUUGUUGAGCAACUAAAAUCACAAAAGAUUGAAAUAGAAUACCAGGCACAGAAGAAGCUUGGACAAAAAGAGUCUUCUCUAAUGAGUGAGAUAAACUCAGCUCAAAUGUUUAGCGAGGAUCUUCUGUCUCGGCACUUUCGAGACCAGCAAAAAUUAAAAAAUAUCCUCGAGAUUAUGAGGAAGAAGGAGGAAGACCUGGUCAACAAAUCUAACCAAAUUAAUGUGCUCCAGUUUAAUAACUCCAUCAUUGAAGCAAGAGCUGAUAGCAGAGACGAGGAGGUAGAGCAAAUGCUUAUGAAAUAUUCUGAGUUAGAGACUUGUUAUGAAGACGCACAGAAUGAAAUCAGGAAGUUGGAGGAGCAACUUGAGGAUGCGGACAAGGAUAAUGAGAAUAUGACAGAAAUCGUUAAAGAACUAGAACAAAAGGUGGAGAUUCUAAGUUUAAAGAAGAAUACAAUAAGCCGCAGAGUCCAGACAAAGGCUCAACCUAAUGAAUCGCCUGUUCAAGAUGCUAAAUUGCAGAAGAAAAUCAAAUUUGAAGGUUACCAGUCAAAUCUAAAUCCUAAUCAAAAUAUUACUAAGACAUCAGAAAUACCAGGAAAUCUUUUAAGGAAAGAAUCUCUUAAGCGCGAUUCUAUAAUCAGAAACUCCCGCGAAGAUAUUUCAGGGAUUAAGAGGAUGGGCUCGAGUGAGAAGAUUUACUCAACAUCUCAAAAACAUAGCCCAAAUAUUAAAUAAAGUGCAGGAUCUGAAGUUCAAUAUGGAAGAAGCUUAUUUCCAACCCCAGAAGUCAGAUCCAGCAAGCGAAUAUGUUACUAACUAUAAUCCCAGUGGAAGCGACUUGAUCAAAGUUCAACCUAAUAAUGACAAUAUGCCACAAACAAAGGAGGACUCUGACAAAGACAUAGAGACUCCUGACGAACCACAAUCAAAAUCUGGUCAGGAUAGCAUUAAAGUGAAGCGAAUUGAGCUUAACAAUUCUCAUUAUGCAACACCACAUAAGAAGAAAUCCUCAGAUGGGUUCUGCGACCCAAGUUCUGAGAAGAGUAGCAGAAGAGUGGUAGUUAAAAAUAAGACAGAGAAGAAGGCUUUAAAGAAGCCAUCGAUCAACAUUAAAAGACUUAUCAAAGUAAUGGCAAGUAGAUAAACUCAACCUCAAA